AUGGGCAAGACACUUGUGUACCCCAAGGGGAUUAGCAACACUGCCAACCGCUACGCGAAGCGAGUGACAUAUGAUCUUGGUCCUAUCCAUUCCAUCGUCAAUGCGGCAACUCACCUCGAUGUCGCUUUCGUUCCUGGCGGCGAUGAUCCCUUUCCCACCAUCAUCCCCAUGCUCGGACAAAUGGGGUCUUACGAGUUUCCCUCCAACGGUAUCGAUGAGCCUCUCGACUGCUAUAUACAUGGAUAUGUCAGUGCACGUAUGAUGAAUAUGGCACGGGGGAAUGGAGAUAAAGGCCUUCCCCUCUGCAUCUCAGCAACUCAUGUAGACGGCCUCGUUCUAUCCCUCUCCCCAUUCUCGCACAGCUAUAACUACCGCUCCGUCGUUCUACACGGAUAUGGCGUGCCAGUCACGAACGAGGACGAGAAGAACUAUGCCAUGAAGCUGAUCACUGACGGUGUCGUGGCUAAUCGAUGGGACAACACACGAACUCCCCCUGAUGCGGGCGAGCUUCAGAGCACGACUAUCUUGCGUGUGAAGAUUGUUGCAGGCAGCGGCAAGGUGCGUGACGGAGAGGUUUCGGACGAGAAGAGGGAUAUCGAAAGCAUGGAGGUGAGGGAGAAGGUGUGGUCUGGUAUCGUUCCUGUCUGGCAAACCUUUGGCGAGCCAGUCCCGAGCUCAACGAAUAUGGUGAAAGAGGUGCCAGCGUAUUUGAAAGAAUACGUCUCGAAGGUAACAGAGGAGAACAAGAAGCAAGCAUAUGCUGCAAUGAAACUUCCUGCUCCUUAA